AGUUCACUGUCUGUUAGCCCAAUGGCGGAGCCUUGUUAGCCCACAGACACUGUUUACCUCCGGCUGUCUCACAGCGGAGCGGCCCAUGUUAGCUCCGAGACUCUGCGGUUAUAGACCCGGCGAGUGAGGAGCUGAUCCCCGACUGACAGCAUUGGAGCAACCCGGCUAGAUCAGCAGCUAAACUAGCAGGACACAGUGGACUUGGAAGCAGUGAGGUGAAGACCUGUGUCAUCGACCAUGGCGGGUGGAAUUACAGAGACCGGGGAACCCUACUCUGCCUUUGUCGGGCUGGUGUUUAUGUUCAACCUGAUCGUGGGCACUGGAGCUCUGACGAUGCCCAAAGCCUUCGCCGCAGCCGGUUGGGUGGUCAGCAUAGCACUCAUCUCAUUUUUAGGGUUCAUGAGCUACAUGACCACCACCUUCGUGAUCGAGGCGAUGGCGGCGGCCAACGCUCAGCUGCGCUGGAAAAGGAGAGAGCAGGAAGAGAUCGCCGACAGCGACUCCACCUCUGAGUAUUCGGACGAUGAUGUUGUGGGUCGAGGUCGAUCAGAGCCGGAGACAAAGCCCAUCUUGUCUGUUCAGAGGUCAGGAGGUCACGUAGAUCAUUUCGACAUCGUGGAGCGGGUGGAGAUGGGCCAAAUGGCGUCCAUGUACUUCAACAAAGUCGGUGUCAACAUGUUCUACAUCUGCAUCAUAGUCUAUCUAUACGGGGACCUGGCCAUCUACGCCGCAGCUGUGCCUAUAUCGCUAAUGGAAGUUGCCUGUGGAAACCACUCGUGCAGCGCUGGAGGUGUCAAGUACAACGACACAGACCCGUGCUGGGGCUCCGUCACAAGGAAAGAUGCCUACAGGGUCUUCCUGAGUGUGUUCGCGGUGAUGUUGGGGCCUUUCGCUUUCUUUAACGCUCAGAAGACCAAAUAUCUGCAGAUCCUCACCUCAUUCAUGCGUUGGAUUGCUUUUACCAUGAUGAUCAUAUUGGCUUUGAUCCGCAUCAGCAAAGGCACCGGUGAGGGCCGCCCACCAGUCGCCUCCUUAUCUGGAGUCCCCAACCUGUUCGGGGUGUGCGUCUACUCCUUCAUGUGCCAGCACUCCCUGCCCUCCCUGGUGACGCCCAUCUCUGAAAAGAAACGAGUCGGCACCCUGGUGUUGGCGGACUACAUCCUCAUCCUGGGCUUCUACAUCCUCCUGUCGUUCACCGCCAUCUUCUGCUUCGACAGCUCACUGCUGCACGACAUGUACACCCUGAAUUUCACAGACAACUGCGAUGUGUUGAAUAUUCCAUGGCUGCGCUACUUCUUGGGCUUAUUCCCAGUCUUCACCAUCAGCACCAACUUCCCCAUCAUUGCCGUCACGCUAAGCAACAACUGGAGGACCCUCUUCCAUCGUGAUGGAGGCACCUACCCCUGGGUGGUGGACCGUGUAGUGUUUCCUCUCAUUACCCUUGUGCCCCCGAUCGUGGUGGCCUUUUGCACCCACAACCUGGAGUCCCUGGUGGGCAUUACAGGGGCUUAUGCUGGCACAGGGAUUCAGUACAUUAUCCCAGCCUUCCUUGUUUAUUAUGGUAGACGCCAUCUGGAGCCCAUGGUGGGCAGGGAUGCCAUCAACAAGCACCAGUCUCCCUUCCGCCACGCCUUCUGGGUGUGGUUUGUUUUGCUGUGGGCCGCCUUCUGCCUCAUAUUUGUCACAGCCAACAUCAUCCUGAAUGACACCAAGAAUUGAGAACUCAUCGUUCCCAAAACUUUCAAAAAGACAAACAGUUGUCGAGUUUCUUUGUUCCUGUUCUUGAGGCCUUACUUGCUGUUGGUUGGCCAGUGUGCCUUUUCAUGGGACUUUUGUUGCAUAAAUUCAAUGUAAUUUAGAGUAAUUUAUCAAAUUAGUUAAAAGGGACCAAAUAUCACGUGUUUAUGCUCAUUAUGAAAAAGAAAAUAGUGGAAUAGUACAUGGAAAUACUAAAAGGGAAUUUUUGAAAUUAUCUCUUGACAACAAACACCUAAAAUAUCUCAAGAUAUUGCACUUGUAUAACUUUAUAAAAAAAUCAUCAAAAUGGGGUCCAGUAUGCUUCAAAAAAAAAAAAUUCCUCUGGAGCAUGUGCCGUUCACACACGUAUGAUCUGCAGGAAUGCUCAUGUUUUCACAGGUUGUUGGUGUUGGAAAGUUAUAGAAAUUGUCCGAAACCGGAACAAGAUGUUUGAGAAACUGUUAAACUACGCCUUGCUCAAAUCUCCAACUAUAAGAAAGUUAGUUUUGUGGUCCUGAAUGAUCCAGUAGCCCUUCAGCACAGAACGUUCUAAUAAAAUAUAUUAGAGCAAUUCAAAGAGCCGGGUAAUGACAAGAAAAAGGGGGCUGUCACAUUCAUGCUCGUGUCCGGUUGUGGAACUGCUUGGCAACAAAAUCAACAGAAGAAGAGAAAGGGACGCAUCGGGAGGAUAAGUCUUUCGUGGCUGACGUGUUUCCAUGCGUCAGCGUUAGUGGCCGACGAUCUCCUCGUCCCCAUCGUGAACAAUGAAGCCCCGUGCGUGACAGAUUCAGACAGACAUGCCUCCAGGAAGAGCUACAUUUCUGUUUAUCACCAGUAGUUCACACACAGGGCAUGUCCCCCCCCUUCAUUACUCUGACAGGCUCGUACUGUAUCUAUCACGCCGCCCAUCACCUGACAAGUUAAUCGUGAUCUACAGCGCUUCUGCUCUGGCUGUGGGGAAGCCAUCAGUGACCCAAAGUGAAGGCUUCUACUGGGCCCACAAUAACUCUGCAGCUUCAACGCCACUCUCUGUGCUAUAUGUCCAAUAAUGCUGACUUCACUGACACUUGGCAGCUUUCUCUGGGUAUUGCCUAUGUAAAUGAACUUGUCUAUUGCCCUUACAUUUCCAUCUUUGUCCCGUCCAAUGGUCCUGUCUCUGAAAGUACCUCUUAAAGGCCCAGUAUAUAAAACAUAUUUUGAUUUCUUUGGCAGAGUUUACAUGGGAGGUGCAUGAAAUCUAACUCGUGGUUCAUUCCCUGCAUCUCGUUUGGACUGUGCUCCUCAUUCAGAGAAAGUAGCUCCAAACUACAGGUGACAAAAUUAAAGCUAAAGCCAAUAUAAGUUGUUGAUCAUGUGUCGUGGCUCCUCAGGACACCAGAACAGCUUCAACACGCCUUGGUGUUGAUGCUACAGAGUCCAAUCUUUUUCUAAAAGGUAUUCCCACUGUUACCAAGCAGACAGGGGGAAGGAUUCAAACACAGACACGCAGAGGCAGGCUGAUGAAGGGAGGAAAUUAGGAAGAGAAAACACGCAAAUGUUGAAGAACAGAAAGGGGAGAUGAGAUGAGCGGUAACAGGAGGAAACUACAUGACCUGUGAACCAAGAACACAAAGGAACAGGCACAAAAGCAGAUAAAUAAUGAAAACAUUCAGGAACCUCUGCAGGUAACUAACGGAUGAAUACAAAAAACUUUACUAUUAGUAUUUAUCCUGAAUGGGGCAGAUUUAUUACCUAUGCUGCAGCCAGCCAGCAGGUGGUAAUUGAGACAUUUUUGGGGAGCUGACAAGUCGGACCCCUUUAUCUAUGAUGUCCAUGAUGUCGACAGGACUGAGAACCAAACGCUGUGUAGUCCGCACUCCACGGUGGCGCUAAUGCACCAAUUCAUUUGCCAACCAUAAGUAAACCUCAGAAGAAAAAGAUGGAGAAGGUUACGCAGCUGAGGUUUGGGUAACUUCCGUUAGAAAGUUAGAUGGUGAAAUGGCGGCUGACACAAUGCAGCUGCUUUGCAUUUGGAGGUUUUGAAAAACAUCGCUGCUGCUGCUGCUUUCGCUCAUGUUACUUUCAAAAUGGCAGAUGAUUUCCUAACGUAGCCCCUCCCACGGCCACUGAAAUCAGUGAGUGAGCAGCUAUGUCAUGACCAGUGUCUUCUUUAAGACCUUGUUUGGUGUAAAUGAGUGAAACCGGUUCUACUUUGUGACUAAAAGCUCCUGCUGUGGAUGACUCGACAGUGAACCCUCUUUCAAAGUCAUUAUGAUAAUAUUCUCUCCCAUUGUGAUAUAAAUGGACCAGAUAUAGCCACCUCAGCUUUUUUACAGAUGCAUGAGGGGAUGUUAAUUGUUUAACUGUACCUUGCGUGCAGUGCAGCUGUAUGGAAGCUUCUGCCUUCGUACUGUUUCUCAACUCAAUCAUCCAGGCUUGACAACAUUUGUCCCCCGGCUGCAUGAGCGCUGUGUUCUGUGGAUUUCCAGGAGUAACAAGAUAACACGGAAGCUCUGUGGAUCGAGACGCCGCUGUUAUACAUUUUAAAUCAGAUUUUUCAAACAAUGGAGCACCGCAUGGGAUGUUCCAUUCACCUCCAGGGUAAACGUGGACAAAUGAACCCAAACUUUACUCCAUGGCUUGAUGACACUCAUGGUAUAUGCGAAAAUGUUUGUGUUAACUUGCCCUUUAAUUGUUGUUUUGUGGAACUUCCCGAAACUUAAUGAUAAUAUACUGAUUCAAAUCUUGUGAGCAGAUGAUUUGAAUCCUGAUUCAUACAUUUUCACAGCAGAUCCAAAGCUGUUUGAAAUUAUUUUAUUUGCACAAGGAGAGAAAACAUGAACCAACAUUUAAAAUUUGGAUAAUGCAUAUAAUUCUAUACAGAGAAGAAUAUAAAACUGUGUGCGUGCGUGUGUGAAUGAGAUAUUGCUGUUAAAUGCGUUUAGAUGACUCUUGUUUAGAGUUGUGAAUUGUGCCUUUUUUUAACAGAUUGACUCUGCUGUUUCUUUUUAAUCGUCUUGUGAAAAAGCAGCUUAUGUGGAAACAAUUGCAUGUGAGUUAUUUCAUUUAUUUGACAAUCGGUGUCCACAAAUAUCCCCUGUAAUACUUUUUAUGCUUUUUUUUUUCUUUCUUGUGAAUAUUUUUUAUGUGACUUGUUUUAUUUACACAUUUUUGCUCCUUUUAUUUUUACGAUAUGUUGUCCGGCCUGUGACUAUCGUUGGUUUUAUGUGGAUGUUUACAGCUUUAAUUGUUGUUAUAUUUGAUUUCUAAUGAUUCACCAAGAAAAUAAAGGCUUUAUGUUCAUCUGAA